AUGACAUUAAAAUCAUGUAUUCAUUUAUAUAAUUACCAAUAUAAUAUCAAAACUCAAGGACAAAUUUUAUCAAAUUCACUUAAAAAUUCUUUUAUUCAAACAUCAUUUAUUCAUUUCUAUAAUCGAUAUAAUCAUAAUAAAUACAAUCAUCAUCUAUUUUCUAUAAUUGUUAAUAAAACAAUUACUAUAUAUUCAAAUAUAUGCAUAGGUUUAAUAUCAAAGAAAAUAUUCGAUUCAUUAAAUAAAAUCAUAUUUGCACCUUAUAAUUAUUUACAUGUUAAACUUUCAUUUUCUUCUAUAUUCAAUUUGUAUUUUCAUAUUGAUUAUUUAAAUGAUUUGUUAAUAUUUGAUGAAACAGAAAAAAUGAUUAAUGAUUAUGAAAAAUCAAAUUUUUCUUGUUCAGUUAUUGAUAAUAAUACAAUGAAACAUCUUUUCUUUAAAAUGUAUUCAUCUUCUAGUAAACAUGAACAAAACAAUACGAUUCAUUCAAAUAAAAAAAAAGAAUUAGAAAAUAAAAUUAAACAAGAAAAGUCAAUUACUAAUGUAAAUGGUCAAUUAUGGGAAUUUACAGUUGAUGAUCGGUCUCAUCCUCGAUUUGAAGAAAUUAAUGCUGAACUUGAUCGUAUAGCAAUUGAACUUGUUAAACAUGGUCAUAAUCUUGAUUCAGCUUGGAUAACUCCGAAAGUACGAGAAGCUACACUUCGUGCAUCCGCUUCAUAUUAUCGUAGUGGAAGGCUUGCAUUAGCUUUUAAUUUGAUUCAAAGAUCUGUUCCAUUUUUUAUUCAAAUUACUAAUGAUAUUCGUACUUGUCAGGAUUGUCAUGAAUUCAUGAAACCAGUAGUUAAACUUGGACAGUGUAAAAUAACUAUUUGUAAUUCUAAUCGUAUUCAUCGAUUUUACAAAAAUGAUGAAUGUUCUUGCAAAGAUUAUUUUUGA